CUCCGUCUCUUAACAGUCAACGAACCACCUUAGCUUUCUCAAGAGUUUUAAGACACAAAGAACCCCACCAGUUUCUGAACUAGCACGGCAACGAUGAGGCUUUCGAAACCGGUUUUCAUGUUCGUCUCGUUACUGUUUAUUGUGGCUCUAUCGGGUUUCGCCCAUGGAUUCGUGAUGACGCCUCGCACUUUGCUUGAUCGCUUGUCUGAAAGCAGCUAUUAUUUGACCACUAGAGAGCUCUGGUUCGACCAGACUCUCGAUCACUAUUCUCCUUACGACCACCGGCAAUUUAAACAGCGUUACUAUGAAUUCCUUGACUACUUUCAAGUUCCGGAUGGACCUAUUUUCUUAAAGAUUUGUGGAGAAUCUUCGUGCAGUGGCAUAAGCAAUGACUACAUCAGUGUUUUGGCAAAGAAGUUUGGGGCAGCUGUGGUUUCACUUGAGCAUCGUUACUAUGGGAAAAGCAGCCCUUUUAAGUCACAUUCGACGGGAAAUCUGAAGUAUCUUUCAUCUAAGCAGGCUCUCUUUGACUUGGCUGCUUUUCGUCAAUGGUAUCAGGAAUCCUUAAACUUGAAGCAAAAUAGACCAGGUGCUGACAAUUCAUGGUUUGUUUUUGGUAUUUCGUACUCCGGUGCUCUUAGUGCUUGGUUUCGUCAUAAGUUUCCUCAUUUAACAUGUGGAAGCCUGGCAAGUUCUGCUGUUGUUCUUGCUGUUUACAACUACACUGAAUUUGAUAAGCAGGUUGGUGAGUCAGCUGGUCCUGAAUGCAAAGCUGUGUUGCAAGAAAUUACAGAACUCGUUGAUCGAAGUCUUGAAUCAAAUGGAAAGGAACUGAGGAAACAAUUUGGCGCAACCGAGCUUGAGAUUGAUGGUGAUUUCCUCUAUUUCCUGGCAGAUGCAGCUGUUGUUGCGUUUCAAUAUGGAAAUCCGGAUGUAUUAUGCACCCCUCUUGUUGAAGCAAAAAAGGCUGGAGAGAAUUUGGUGGCUGCCUAUGCCAAAUAUGUCAAAGAUUAUUAUGUUGGAACUUUUGGUGUCAUUGUUGAAACUUAUAAUCAGAAUCACUUGAAGAACACCACUGUUAGCGAAAAUGAUUCUGAUCGGCUAUGGUGGUUCCAAGUGUGUACUGAAGUUGCAUAUUUCCAGGUGGCACCCUCAAACGAUAGUAUCCGCUCCUCAAAAGUUGAUACAAAAUACCACUUGGAUCUUUGCAAGAACGUCUUUGGAGAGGGCAUCUACCCAGAGGUUGAUGUGACAAACACGUACUAUGGAGGCACAAAAAUUGCAGGUUCAAAAAUCGUUUUUACAAAUGGCUCACAGGAUCCAUGGCGCCAUGCAUCCAAACAAACGUCAUCUCCAGACAUGCCUUCUUACAUUAUUACUUGUCAUAAUUGUGGCCAUGGAACUGAUAUGCGAGGAUGUCCCCAAUCUCCUUUAAGAAUUGAAGGUAAUGCUCAGAACUGCAGUUCCCCUGAUGCAGUUAACAAAGUGAGGCAGAAGAUGAUAGAACAUAUGGACUUGUGGUUGUCCGAGUGCAAGGGCACGGGUAGGAGUUACAUGUAAACUGUGAUGCAUAAACUAAAGCCAAGACGUGUAAAGAUUCAAACCGAUAAAUAUCCUUGGUCUUUUGUAUUUGACCCUGUGAACAGAUGUUUAGGUGGUCCUUAGACCAGGCAUUGCCAGUAUGUACUCGUCCAUAACAC